CAGUCCUCUAUGAUAAAGAACGCCCCCAUCACUCUCACUUUUUCUUUGUCAUUCCAAACGUCAGCCGUAAUUUUUCUUUUUCUUGGGAGUUUGCAAGACUAAUUAAUCGUACGGAGUCGUAGUUAUUUUUCUCGUAAUAGGAAAACAAUAUAUAUUGGAAAAUUGCUUUGUAUUUUUGACUUUUUUGAAUUUUGAAAUCAUUCCAACUGAAAACAGAACGAUGGCUACUUUAACGGUUCGUGUAAUCCGAAACUUUGAAUAUCGCACACUCAAGAAUGUUGUCUUUCAUGACAUAGAUCUGUCUACUACCACAGUUGGUCAACUGAAGAAGAUUAUCCAAGAUCGUAUCCAAACGGAUUCAGCUCUCAAAAUUUAUCGCACUACUCAAUUUGAUACUUUGAAAAUAUAUGUGAAAGCGCAACAACAUAAAACUCAGAAUUUAGCCAUCAACUUGGAUCAUGAUGAUUGGAUUCUAACGGACGAUCACCAAACCUUGGCUUUUAGCGGAAUUGAAAACGAGACUGAACUGUCCUACUUUAAUUUGCAAGCCUACCGUGCGUAUCAAGCGAAUCCCGUUCAAAAAUGGAUGUAAAGAUGCAAGUAGAGAAUACAGUUUAUCGUUAAUUAUAAAACAUGGGUAUGUAAAUUCAAUGUUUGGAAUUGCUGGAUCUAUUAUCUUUCAGAAGUUACAAUAACGCUCUUGGAUUCUUAAAAGCACUCUUAAUGAAAACCUACAGAAGUCGCAUAUUCAUCUGUUAAAAUUCGCAGUUCAUAACGCUGUUCAUCGUCUGUCCAUAGGAAGAACACAAAAAAUAUUACGGGAAAAAAAUUAUCUAGAAAUAAGACAAACCAUCUAUUAUCGUUUUGUAUAAUUUGUAUUUUCUUUUAAGAUCUGUCACCGACUUCCAU